AGGAGGAGCAAAGACUAAGGCCAAAGAAAAAGACCCUCUCAAGAAUUUUCCAAACAGCACUUUGAACAGACAAGAAGGGCUGAGGUAAAAAUGACAGCUGGGUUGGUGGUCCAUAAUGUUCCUCUAGCCUUUGCAGACCACCUGGGGCCUCUCCUUAAAGAUUGUUUUGGAGAUUCUAAGACGGCGCAGGACUACAGGUGUGCCAGGACUAAAUCAUCCUGCAUCAUUAAUGAAGCGCUGGCGCCUUAUUUCACCCUAGAGCUUGUGAAAGAGCUCAAAAACGGCCCAUACACCCUUGUUACGGAUGGGUCAAAUGACACAGGAGCGCAAAAGAUGAACCCGCUCACUGUCCGGGUCUUCAUGGGAGGCAAAGUUGUCCACCGAUUUUUGGGCAUGUGUACAACAAGUGGGAAGGCAUGUGGAACAGCAAGCGAGAUCUUCGCCAAAAUUAACUCCACCCUAGAGGAGCAUUGUAUCCCUUGGGAGAACUGCGUGGCUCUCUCAGUGGACAAUGCAGCUGUCAACAUUGGACCACGAAAUUCAAUCGCCUCUAGGGUGCUCCAGAAACACCCCAACACCUACAUUCAUGGCUGUCCCUGUCAUGUGGCACACAACACUGCCAAAGCUGCAGGAGGGGGAUUUUUUAAAGUGUCUGGUUUUGAUUUGGAGGACAUGGUAGUGGACCUCGGCUACUGGUUCAAAGGUAGCACAAAUCGUAAAGGAUACCUGACAGAGUUUUGUGAGCUGCAUGAAGCUGAAUACAUGGAGGUCCUCCUGCACAGCUCAGUUCGUUGGCUAAGCCUUGAACGUUGCGUGACACGAAUUCUGAGGCUUUACGAACCUCUCGCGAGCUACUUCAAAUCUGCAAAUGAAAAUCAGGCCAGAUUCAAGAGGCUUGUGCAGGAGUUUACUGACCCCAUGACAGAAGUGUACCUGCUCUUCUACCAAGCCACCGUACCAACCUUCACUGACUUCAACUUGCUUCUCCAGAGACAGCAGUCAGCCAUAUAUUUGUUACAUGAUGAGAUGGUGAAAUUUGUACGCAAGCUGUGUUCAAAAUGUAUGGUUCCAGCAGCUCUGCAAGGCCAUGAGGAGCCUUGUGCAAUUGCCUAUGAAGAGAAGGCAAACCAUUUGCCAGGGAAAAAGUUGAACAUUGGGUUCACAACCAGGGCUAAACUUACCAGAUAUCUGGAUGAGGGUGACCUCACACCACGGCAGGUGGAUUCAUUCCAUGAAGCUGUGUUAAGUUUCUUCACAAGUGCUGUGGGCUAUGCACUUAGGAAGCUGCCACUGGAAGAGCCAGUGAUCAAACACUCAAAAUUUGUAGAUGUGCGGCAGAGGGCUGAAAGUGGCAUUGAAGAUGUCCUUUUCUUUGUUGAAAGGUUAGUUUUUUUCUUUAAUUAUUGUCUACCAUCUUAG